CAGAAGGCGGCGGGGGGGAAUCAGGACUACGUAGCCCGGGGUAACUGUCAAUGUUUGGCGUCCGGAAAAUGUAUUAACUCCAGCCGAAUUUAUAGUAUUAACCUUGAUAUAGCCGUGUGGAGCUACUAGCAAAUUAAGUCUGAGAAAAAUUCAAUGUGUGUAGAUUGUCCAGGUCUUUUAUCAAAUCACAAUCGUUGCUGCAAGAAACUUAGCUACCGUCCUCACAUCGACCCACCGUAAUGGCCGAGCUUUUGUCCCGCGAGAAGGAACUCUUUAAGAUAAACCAGGAGCUGAAUCUCCUGACCCUCAGUCCAGCUGCCGAGGCCAUGUAUCCGGCGAAGGGGUCAUCCAAAUCCACUGCGGUGACGGUGCCGCGCUACGCCACCUUCCAGAAACAAAAGGGACCGAGCAGCCUGCUCCGGAAAAAGGGUGCUCCCACACCGUCCACGAAGGCAGCACCGAAAGUUUCACCUGGCAGAGAGGCGGUGCCCGAUAUGAGUCUGCUGACCAAGUCCAAGCCCGCUGCCGGACCCACCUCUCCCACCCCCCGCCAUCUUUCCAAAUUUAGUACCUUCACGAAGGAUAUGAGCAGCAAGACGGCCACGUAUGUGAAGUACCGGAACCCAAACUUCAGCGAAAGUCCUUCCUUGGACGAACUACUGCGUAACGACGCUGAUGAGGCAAACCGAAAUCCAGAUGUUGUCGAAGUGGAGGUCACACAGAAGCGAGAGAGUACAACCGUCGUCAAUGGCCAGCUCAAGAAGCAGGUCACCAAGGACAACUUUAUCAAAUUCCUCAAGGCCAAGGUGGCCAUUUUGGAAGAGGAUCACGCUCAACACGCCGGAGAGUUGACCCGACAGAAGGAGCAGCUUGAGCACGCCUUGGAAGCGCAACGCAAGUCCGAGCACCAGCGCGACCAGGCGAUCAACUCCAACAAGCACCUCUCCGAGCAACUGAUGCGGGCCGAACGGCAGUGCGAAGUUUUCACCCAGCGCCAGAAGGAGCAGCAGCUCGAGUUCAUCACCCAGCAGCGGGAGCUGGAGCUGCUGAAGCGGGAUUCCAAGGUUUCCAGGCAGACGAACAUAAACCUGGAGAACCGACUGUCCCGCGUCCAGGAGGACGCAGACGCUGCCCGCCAGGAACUCAAGCUGCUGCGCGAGGAGCAGCGCGACCAGUUGGAGGCGCAUCGGAAGGAACUAAAGCUGCGGGACAGCCGGAUCCGGGCCCUAAAGCGCCAGCGCGGCGACCUGCUCAACGCGUACAAGAAGCAGCUCUACAUGAUCGACAACCUGAAGCGCCAGACCAUCUGUUUGGAGCAGUCGGCGGCCAUCGGAUUCGGCGAGAAGGAGUUCAACAAGGUGCUCGAAUGGAAUGCCAAGACGUGAACCCCUCUGCAUUAUGAAGUCCAGCCUAGGUUAAGCAUAACUCAGCUAUGUACAUAAGUGGAAUAUAAUUACAUUUUAUGGUCUCACUCGAAAAA